AACGCACAGUAGUCUUCAGACAUAGUGUGUGUUAUCGCUUUACAUAGUGUAAAGAGUACGUCUGCUUAUAUAGAAGUAUAGAAAUUAAGUAUAAUGUGAUAUUUGCUUUGUGAUAAAGUCAAAAACACUGGCAAGACCUUUUCAUUUGUAAAAUAAAGUUUUAUAUGAUUAAAAACAAUGUAUGGUUGUUAUUGAUUAAUAUUUUACGAUUUGUGAAUAAAGAUGCAUUGAGCAUUAUAUGAAUACCAAAUAGUUGAUGACAGCCGGAAUGGACAGUGUUUACCAUUUUAUCUCAUAGUGAAUCUAACAGACUAUAAGAUACGAAUACAUAUUUAGAAUGAAAGUCGUAUUUAUUCUAUGUACUAUAUUUGUUUCUACCGUAUCAGAAGAGACUUUGUACGAUUGUGGGAGACUUUGUAAAUGUGAGUUUUACCCUAGAGAUACAAUAGUUAAAUGCAUGGGAGCGCAUAUCCAUGAAAUUCCGAAACAACUGCCAAGAAAUACAACAAAACUAUAUUUCAGUGGCACAUUGAUUAGGAUAGUUCCUGAAAAAGCAUUUGAAGCAUUUCCUAAGGUUUCGAGAAUAUUUUUUAGAUAUUUGGACGAGAGCCCUUGUGUGCUUGAGAAGUUAACACCUUCUUGUUUUGAUGAUUUAGAUUUUCUAAAAGUGAUAGGAAUAACUGGUUGUCAUCGACUGCAUACAAUUGAACCCGGCGUGUUUGGCAGAUUCCAAGUCUUGAACAGAAUACACAUACUUCACAGCGGUUUGACAAGUGUGCCAAAUUUUGAGAAUUUUGUUACUGUCAAUAAAGAUCAGAAUGGUUUAAUAGAUGAAAUUGACUUGUCUAAUAAUAGAAUAGAAGAAAUAAAAGAACAUGCUUUUCUGAGUGUGAAGGUGAAUAUACUGACACUAGAUAACAACAAGUUGAGAAAGAUCUACGACGGCGCAUUCUUUAAAUCGCAGGUAAAAACCCUACAACUACAAAAUAAUCCAACUUUAACUGAAAUUGGAGAAAACGCUUUCGAUUCAAUAGAGAUCCUGGAAAAUUUAGAUCUUUCAAGGACUUCUAUUGAAAGCUUACCAAGGAAAGGAUUAGCGAGUAUAGUUAAGCUACGUUUGAUAGGUACUAAAUCGUUGAGGCAGUUUCCUCCUGUUAUACAUUUUAGCAGAAUUCAAACAGCACAACUCUAUUAUCCUCACCAUUGCUGCUUCUUCAAAAAUCCAGAAAAGCAAAAUCCUACUGAAUGGAGAGCUUACAUAGAGUUUCAAAGACGUAUCCAACAAGAAUGUUCAAUUCCAUCAUUCAGUUCCACAGAGACACCCGUUAUGUCCGAUAAAAGCGUUGUAGAGUCAUCUACGUAUGAAUCUUUGCACAAAAAAAGAUUAAAAAGAGAUAUGUUUUCUAGUCGGUUCAUAUAUAAUGAUACUUAUGACGAGGUAUGGAAUGAUAAUCUUGGUUUUGGCAAUCCUGCUUUUGUCAAUAAAUCAAAAUACCAUUCGUCGCAUUUUGAAACGGAAGGAAACAUCGGAUAUUUUGAUGAUAUACCGUCUAAUGUAUCCCAUCCUCAUGCAUUCUGCGGGCAAGUUGUAAAGGAUUAUCGUCAAGUCAUCUGUACUCCAGAACCAGAUGCAUUUAACCCUUGUGAAGAUCUAAUGGGUUAUGAUUGGUUACGAAUAUUUGUGUGGAUAAUUGUUCUUGCUUCUUUAUUUGGAAAUUCUGUUGUUCUGAUUGUCUUGAUAAAAAGUAGGAGCAAAUUCAAUGUAACGAAAUUUCUGAUGUGUAAUUUAGCGUUUGCAGAUUUAAUGAUGGGCGUCUAUUUGUUACUUCUUGCCUCAAUUGAUGCACAUACUCUGAAUGAGUACUUUAAUUAUGCCGUUAUUUGGCAAAACGAAGGAGGAUGCCAAGCAGCAGGAUUUCUAACCGUAUUUUCAUGUGAACUGUCAAUAUUUACACUGACCAUAAUUACUCUUGAAAGAUGGUAUGCCAUUAGUCACGCUAUUCAUCUUACUAAACGUUUGCGUAUUAGACAGGCAAUGAUGUUCAUGGCAUUUGGUUGGCUAUAUGCUUUAUUUAUGGCGCACUUACCUUUAGUAGGCAUAAGCAGUUACGGUCAUGUAAGCAUUUGCCUUCCAAUGAAAGUUGAGGACGCUAUUGACAUUGCUUAUGUCGUUUCUCUCCUUGUAGUAAAUGGAGUUGCUUUCUUAUGUAUCGCUGGUUGUUACAUUAACAUGUAUUGCAAGGUGAGAGGAAGUCAUGCAAAUGUUCGUAACAACGAUGCUUCUAUUGCCAAACGUAUGGCAAUGCUCGUCUUUACAAACUUUGCUUGUUGGGCUCCCAUUGCUUUUUUCGGUCUUACCGCGUCUGCAGGACUCCCAUUGAUUGACAUAACCAAUUCCAAAAUUUUAUUAGUGUUUUUCUAUCCACUUAAUUCUUUUGCAAAUCCUUAUUUGUAUGUCAUUAUAACGAAGCAAUUUCGAAAAGAUUUAUACAUAUUGCUCGGAAAAUACGGUAUUUGCACAGAAAGAGCUAACCGAUACAGAGUAACUUUCACAAGCAAUUCAAGGAACAGCUUAGCAAACAGAAAUGGAAUAAAAACUAAAUGUACUUCUUCUACAGGUAAACCUUUAUUCUCAAGGUCGCCAUCGAAUAGUGAAUCAAACUGUUCUACGUCAACUUUUCUCCACAAUACUGUUAAACAACCAUCUAUACGAAUAAGCCUGCCGGAUUGCAAAGCAGUUGACAAAGAACUAAAUGAAUCUUCCGAUGGACAAACAGAAAGGCGUUUACGUUCUCCUCCUCCUUAUAUUCGGAGCGCUAGUGAGUAUGUUGUGUUUUUUCCUCCGCCUAGAAGAGACAGCUAUCCAAAAUACAAAUACCAGAGCGCUAGGCACAUAACUGUAGAUACGAGCUUAAAUGGUAAUUUCACGGACACUGCAAACGGUUCUUUGAGCGACGAUAAUCCAAGGGUUCUUCAGAAGCGUAUCUUUUUGGAAGAUUCCGAACAACAACAUGUUAUAAACCCUAUAGACGAAGAAAUAUUAGAAGAAUACGAGACAACAAAGUUAGCAGAUGUUCUAAUAUUGACUGAAGUAACUGGAAAUGACAAUAUUAAAAAUAAAUCUAGAGGUGACACAACAGACAAUGAAGGUGACGAAGAUAGUAUUCAACAGACAUUAUUGAAACAUUGUACCCUAAGAGAAUCUCCUGUUCCGGGGAUGGAUAGAAAAUGUCCCAGUGAUUCUAUAUUAUCUGAUAUUGCUAGAGAUUAUAAUUUUGAACUCAACAACAUGGUUACAAGUCCAUCAAAAAGUAGUCCGGUUUUGGAUGAACUUGAUGACAGACGCGUUAUAUUUGAAUGAAUGGAUCAUGAAAUAGUAUUGCGAUACGAUAAUUUGUUAAUUUAAAAAUGAAACAAGUCAAUAUAUAAC